GUCGCAGUCCAGCUCGUCGGUGAAUGGGUCCGUGUCGGUGGCGAAAUGUCCGCGGGUUUUCGCUGUUGCGGUUGACGUUAGCGGUCGCGCGAUGAUGUAGCGAGAUGCCUAGGGCUCGCCAUGUGUCACGGCGAUUGUGUGCCGACCGCGUGUAGUGCCGUAGACCGUGCUACGAUGGCCUCGGACCCAGCACUGCCCGACUUGUCGCACCUCACACCCGAGGAAAGGCAGAUCAUCGAGAACGUUAUGCUGCGGCAGAAACAGGAGGAGGAGCGCGAGCUGGAGAUCAUGAGGCGGAAGCAGGACGAAGUAGAAGUCCUGGAGGAGACGAUCCGACAGCGUUCUGAGCAACAGAAGAAGGCGGGGGUUGAGCUAGACGCCACUUGUCACAUCUGCCUCAAGACCAAGUUCGCGGACGGCGUCGGCCACAUGUGCAACUACUGCAACAUCCGAUGUUGCGCAAGAUGUGGCGGCAAAGUCACUCUGCGCUCCAACAAGGUGAUCUGGGUGUGCAUCCUCUGCCGCAAGAAGCAAGAGCUGUUGAGCAAGACGGGUCAGUGGAUCAACAAGGGAAUGUCAGCUGGCGACCCGAUCAUGCGGCGUAUCGAGGCGGAUCUGCAGCAACAAGACAAGCGGCCCAAGCUGGAGCGAGCGCACUCUGCCGCGGAGAAGGAGAAUCAACCGUUGCUGCAGCGGUCUGGCUCGCAGCUGAGGCGACAAUACAGUCAGCAGGACGCCAGCCGCGAGGAAGAGGCGCGAUACUACCGCGGAGAACUAGAGGGUCUGAUGAGAUCACACCAGUACGCGACGAUGACGGGCGGCCGCGGAGAGUUGAGGAACGACUCGCUCAGCUCCGAGCAAUCUUCCAGCAUGGACUGUGCGCCCGCGCCCGCUAGUCGCGGCGGAGCCAUCACCGUGCUGGUUACCGGCAAGAAACACAAGAGGACCGGGUCCGCGAAAAAACAAUCCGGGAGUGGAAGUGGGAGUGCGCGCGGGUACCAUCAGACGCCGCAACCGCCCCAGAGAUCGUUCUCUAGCUCGGACGACGAACUGAGGUCCACCCCCGACUGUACGAGCUGCGAGGAACACGACAGUGAGAAAGUCGUCAACGGGUGGCACCCAAGGGACACCCCUCGGGAGGUCAAAGUCACCCUUAUCGACACCCGAAGACGCAAGAAGACAGUCAGGUUCGACGGUCCUCAAACCAAGGACUCGGGCAUUGACACAUCCAGCACGUUCACAUCCAGUGAGGAUUCGAACAGCGCGCCCAAGCAUCCGUUGUCAUGGCAAAUAUCCAAGGACAAUACUCGAAUGACGGGUCACAUGAUCCUGAAGAAGACCCAGCGUGCAGAUGGUGGAGGGCCGUCCUCUUCCACGAGUAUCCUAGGGCUGAAGGUGGUGGGAGGACAACUUCUACCAGGGGGCGGCCGGGGUGCAAUAAUUGAGAAGGUCAAGAAAGGCAGCACGGCGGACAAAGAGGGGCAGCUCAGGCCAGGUGACGAGGUUGUCGAGUGGAACGGACGAUCGUUGCAAGGCAAGAGCUACCAGGAAGUUACUGACAUUAUUGCCGAGUCCAAGCAAGAGCCGCAGGUGGAGCUGAUAGUGACUCGGCUGCUGCCCAACAGACGUGGCCGCGGCCAAUAUCCCCCCUCCCCCACCACCUCCCACAAAGACACCUACGAAGGCGGAGGUCGCAAAGACAAGCCGAGUGUGUUGGUCACUUCCCCCGGGUCACCGGAGCUACAUGCCUCCUCCAGGUCACACCGCAUGCCUGCCUUCACCAACAGCAGCGUCGGCGGCCGCAUACAGGUGAAGCUGUGGUUUGACUCAGGUGCGCUACAGCUGGUAGUGACACUAGUGUGUGCGGCUGGUCUGAUGCCCCGGAGUAACGGACAGCCUCGCAAUCCCUACGCCAAACUCUUCCUCCUACCUGAUAGAAGUGAAAAAUCUAAAAGAAGAACAAAAACAUUAGCAAAUACAAACGACCCAAAGUGGAAUCAGAGUUUUGUCUACUCGUCGAUCAGAAGAGCGGAUUUGAAACUCAGAAUAGUAGAGAUCACGGUGUGGGACUAUGUGCACUAUGGGACCAACCAUUUCCUGGGAGAGGUUAUGGUAGAACUGAGUGUGGCGCUUCUGGACAACGAACCUGAGUGGUUUCAUCUUAGUCCACACGAAGAAGUUCUAAUACCACAUGCGGUUGAGGAUGUUGACAUUGCUCUGACGCCCACUGACCACCUGUCGCCACCGAGCACGACUUCACGCCUGUCGGACUCCGACCCCUCUGACCUGGACGACACACGGGAGAGGAGAGUAGCGGACGGAGCCUCUGUCAGCAGUCUCGGUAGCUCUGCCAGCCCUCCUCCUGACAUAGAGAUGGCAGAGAGACAUCGGUCACGUCGAGACAUGUCACCGCAAGGUAGAAAACGAGCCACCGUCGUUCAAGUUAAACCUCACACACUCCCCUACGACUCACAAAGAAGAGGAGGCAGUAAUCAGAGAUCCCACUCUGCUGCACCUCCUCUCGAAGGUCGGUCUCGCUCUAAGAGUCCUCACCGCAGCCUAUCACCUCCUGAGUAUCGAGUAUACCAGCCGAAUGUAGUGCUUCCAUCCCACGCGUAUGUGCCUCGCUUUUCCUCCAGAUCAGCCACCGCUACCCCGAUGACGUCUCCCAAGAAACGUCAACUGCCUCAGAUACCCCACACAGCAAUGCUCAGAGAAGCUCUCCGCGAGAGAGUCACACAGCAGGACAUGGAGGAGCGAGCACAUCUCAUGAAGCAGAGAAUGAGACAGAUGCAGUCUAGAGGGUCAGCAGGAUACACAGGGAGCAUGUCGAGGCACUUCACCGGCCUGUCUGACAGCGACCUGCCGUCGUCUGACAUGGACAGGCCGUGGGGUGGCCACAUCCCCGGCCGCACGAUGACGUCACUGGACAAGGAUAUCAUCGGGACGACGGACCUGGGCGACAGCGACCUUGAGAGUGUCGUCAGCAUCACUAGCAGUGCCUUCUCUACACAGAGCGAGCGACCUCGCGGCUCACGGGGGUUCAGCACUAAAACGCGAGAUUCCUUUACUGGUAGCCCUAGUACUUGUAGUUUGUGUAAAGUAAAGAGUUGUGUAAGCAAACCGUUGUUCCGUAGACAGAACUCACUCCCCAACCCGGGUAUCUCACACCCUGUACGAGUAAGGUUGAUCUGUGAUAAGCAUGCCUUGCAUGAGGCUCCAUAUUGCAACGUGCUGCAAUCGGACAGUGACGUGUCUAAAACUAUUCAUGACGACGACGAUUCGUUUCACGAAAAAUACUUGGAAAGUUGUAAAAUUGUUUCAAACUGGGACAACAACUUUAAAGACAUAAACUUUGACUCAGAUUGUGACUGUUCUGUCCCGGUUUGCACGUUGAACGACACGUCAAGUUCCGAAGAACUGGCGAACGAGAAACCACUAACGGUGUUAAAGAAAACCAGGUUCAAACUCGACGAUUGGAGACGAGACUCGGACAUAACAGACGACCUUUACGAAGUCGUGGACAAUCAGGGGGAAAGUGAGACGAACGUAGAAAACAACCAACCAGGUGUGUGCAAACCCGAGGAAAACAAAGAUAGCUCUGAGAUAAAUUGUGAAGACGAAAAAACAAGUGAUAACGUUAAAGUAGAAGUUGACCACCCUCCUGAUGACACUCUCCUCAGCCCUUGUAAGACCUCUGACACUCCCACCCCAGACUCCCCCAGUCACAAACGUAUGUUUCUCAGAUGUAAAUCACAAGUUGAAGUUGAAGUUGAACCCUCUGUCACCCCUCCCUCUGCUUUGCCCCCUAGCGACUACGGAGAGCGAUCUCACACGACGGUACAGCCGCCACCACAAGGGGGACACAACAAGAGGCCGCCGUUCUCUAGAAGUCUCUCGAACGCGGACGUCCAACCAGACGAACGUGGUGACGGAAGUCUAAGUGACACAGCCGUCAGUCAUCAUCACCAUAUCAACGGGUCUCGCCGCAAAGCAGCGUCGGGCAGCGGCUCUGGCACGACGAGCGGCAAACAGUCGCACAGUCAAGGCAUGGGCAAGAAGAGCAACUCUACCAGCCAACUGUCGGCCACAGGCCGCAAACGUAGGUUAGGUUUCGGAACAAAAGGCAAAUCGUCGUUCACCGUUCAUCGGUCCGAAGAGGUGCUGCCCGACGAAGUGCGACAUUUGAUCAAGCAGGGUUCAUCUGUGUCGAGCGACGGGGAGGGCUCGCAGGACGGAGACAGUUGGGCGCCAUCACUCAAAGGUUCAGACGGAGGUCCUCUGUCGGACUUUAUCGAGGGGCUAGGCCCUGGACAGCUGGUGGGCCGGCAAGUCCUGGGGGCUCCGUCCUUGGGCGACAUUCAGCUCAGCAUGUGCUACCAGAAGGGAUAUCUGGAGGUGGAGGUGAUACGAGCGCGAGGGCUGCAAUCCAGACAGGGCUCUAAAGUGUUACCAGCGCCUUAUGUGAAAGUGUACCUUGUAAGUGGGAAGAAAUGUUUGGCGAAAGCGAAAACAGCGACAGCCAGACGAACUUUGGAUCCUCUUUACCAGCAAACACUGACCUUCAGGGAACCUUUUCAAGGCUGCAUACUGCAGGUUACAGUGUGGGGCGACUAUGGCCGUAUUGAAGGCAAGAAAGUGUUCAUGGGAGUCGCCCAAAUCAUGCUCGACGACCUCAACUUAUCAAAUAUUGUGAUCGGCUGGUACAAAUUGUUUGGGACCACAUCCUUGUGAGUGUUUCGCUUACGCGUGACUCCAAAGAACGUUAGUGUGGUGCUAUAAGUGCGUUUGUUGGUUUGUGGCGGUCAAUGCUCAUUUUUUUACAUUUGACAAAUAUAAUUUAAAAUUUCUAUUACCAUUUUACCUUUAGGUAAAAUAUAUAAAUAUAUAUAUAUAUAAGUAAAUAUAUAUAUAUGAAAUUAUACUACGAGAUUCAGCAGCACACGGUGUCUCGUCACGUUGUACAGAUAGGUUCUAAGUUAUAAGCGAUGUUGUGUACCAUUCUGUUCCAUGUUCUAUGCGAUAUUGUCGUGGGAUGUUGUAGACGAGGCCAUUUACUCCCCUAAGGUGGAGCGCUUGUUGAAAGUUGUAUGAUUUUUGUGCUUUCUUUCUUGUCUUAUCGAGCUUGAUGAUUUUAGCUCACUCUGGCGGAGCAGGUAUUUUUUGUAGGCUUCCCUCCGACUCUUGUUAUCCGUACGAAGUUAAAAAGUAGAAUAUAGACUAGCUACUUAUGUAAAACAUGUGCAAAUUUUUAAGGACAUUUUUAUACGCUAUGUUAAGUUGUAUUUGGAAUUGUACAAAUUUAUGAAAUAAUAAUUGUACAUAUUUCUGUUUAUCAAGCCGAUCUGUUUGUAUCGUAAUAUUUUCUUCAUUAGUAGCACAACAAUUUAUUUGUGAGAUUGACAUACGACCUGACAGAUAAAAGCUAUUUAUUACAGAUAGAUUUCAGUGCUGGUAACGUUAAUGGUUUUUUUGAAAAGCUUUAAAUAAAUCUACCACAAAGUACUAUGAAAAAUAAUUUUUAAAUACUAUUGUAUAACUGAAAUAAUUUGUUUUAGUUCAAGAAUACUUAAAUGCAAAAUUAUUUUUAUCAUAAGUACCUAUGUUAUUACCAUAUUGCUAGUUAUGAAAGGACUCUUAUGGUAUUUAUAGAUAGCGGAAAAAUUAACAUAAGAAUUAUGAUGGUUUAACCUAAACAAAAGAAAAUGUAUCAAAUAUAGUUGAUAAGUAAUGUCUUGUGACAUUUUGGUUUCUGUGAAACCACUAAACACAUACAAGUAAGAGCUAAACAAAGUCCUUUAGGAAAUAUUGAAUAAAGCUUCAACAUAUUUUUAAAUAAUUGAUGUACUUAUUUUGUUUGUAAGUGAUAAGAGCGAAUAUAUUUCCAAUUUGUAAUUUAGUGUUUUCUGGUUAGCAGAGUAUCAAGUUAAUAGAAAAAAUAACUUAAAAUUUUUAAUACAGUAGUUUAACAUUAAAUUAUAAAAGUGAAAAUCCCCUGAUUUUGAGAAUGUUAUUUGUAGGUCAGUUAUUUAUUUAUUUUUAUUUCUUACAAUUUAUAAUAUUUUAUUGCACUUCCACUCACUUUUGUGUACUAAUUUAUAAUUUCUUUUACUCCAUGAAGUAUUUCCUUUUAAACUUUGUGAAUGAAUCAUUGCUACCCCAUAUUGCUGAAAUGUGCCUUUUUAGAUAACCUCUCAUUGUUUCCUUUAUGUAUUGCACAUAAUUUGAAUGUUAGAAUUUGUCACUGGAUGCUUUUACAACAUUAACAUAAGGUAUUGAAAGUUUGUUUGAUUUGCGUUGUUACAUCUGCAAAGCUAUCUUAGAAUAUGUAAAAAAACAUAACUUUAAACCAUGUUUGCUGACCUUUGUAACUCGCAAACAUUUUUAUAACUGCAAUAUUUAACUUUACGAUUAUUUUUACAGUAAGGAAACAUGUAUAAUGGAUUGUACACUAUAGCAAAGCUAAAAAAUAAUUUCUCGGAUCAAAGCUAACAAUAAAUUGUAAACAUGGCUUGACAUCGUCAAAAAUGAUUAUCUUUUAGUAUAACUUUAGGAAAACUCAACUUAUCUUUUAUACAUAUACAAUUUUCAUAUUUGAAAGUCCCAAGCAGCUUUGAAAUAUUUCUUACAAAACAAAUGAUUAAAUCACAAAAUAUCAAUAUAAUGACUCAUAGUUAAUUUAAUUCAAUGAAGUGAUCUAUAUUGAUGUGACUUGAAACAGCUGAAAAAAUUCAGCUUGCAGCUAAAAACGAAGAAGUAUUUUUACAAAAGUGUUUCUUACUACUAAAAUAAACAACGUAUCGUUUACAAAUCCAGUGAUCUUUUAACAUUCAGUGCAUCGCGGCCGGAGUUUUUAUAUACAUGACAAUAACAAAAUGUUUAAAAGCACAGUUUCAAUCCUAGUCACGUUCUUCAUUAGCUUGUGAAAUUCAAAUUUAGGCUUUUCGUUUGCCUCUAAAUUAAGUAGCGAUAUUUUUAAGGUAGUCGAAAAUAGUCUAUGAAUUUGGCUUGUAAAUAUCUUUCGGGUUUAGAGAUUGUGCUCAAAGGGAUAUUUUUGUUAGUGAUAGCAGGGUGGUGAUCUGUAUCCAUAUCAUGCAGAGUGUGCGGGCACCGUGUGCUGCUGAGCUCUAAUGAGGGCGACAAUACAAGGUCUUAGCUCUGCUGUACUCUAGUAUGUAUAAAGGCAUUUAUAAGUAUUCAACUAAAUAA